GAAAUAUAAAAGAGCAAAAUGUCUGUGCGGCGUGACUGAGUCUGAGAUUGAGAAAGCUCCCGUAUCGCCGCAUCGUCGUUCUGUCUCUUCACCGUCUUCCGUUCGAGUUCGCCGCUUUCCUCUUUGCCGGAGUCGAAUCACGUAAUGGAACACUCUCCAAAAUCCACGAAGAAAGCAAAACACAAGAAGAAGGUGGAUACUGAACCGCCGCCUGAACCGGUUCGUGAACCGGUUAAGGUUAAGGUUGAAGUUGUCCGUUCGGAUCCAGAGAAAAUGCCGCCGUUUGUUGGUUAUUUUCCGUCUGGAUUUGAUCCGGUUAAGCAAUCUUCCGGUUCCGCCGGUGCCGGAAUCCAAGUUUAUCGAAACCAGUUUAUGAAUAAGAGGACUGAGCUUGUUGUUAGUCCUGCUGAUUCCUCGGUUGAAUUCGUUGGAACGAGUUACGCCGGGGAGGCUACGGGACAGCGAGGGAUGUAUGCACUUGGUGUAUUUGAUAAGGAAUCUCAGACGCUUAAGGUUGUGAGUAUUGGCGCUAAUAAGAUAUUUAGAUUGGAACCAAGAGUUAAAGGUUUGGAAUAUAAGGAGCCGCUUCCUAGUGGGACUCCGGUGGAAGAGAUGACUCAGGAUGAGUGGACAGCCAAGAGGAGAUUGACUGAUGCUACUUUCGGAACUAAGCGGCAUAUUGAAAUGAAUCUUAAGUUUGCUGAAAUCAGAAGAGAUGAAGAACCUGAAGCUAAAAAGAACCUGGAUGAGAAAAUGAAAAAUGUUGAAGUAAAAGAAAUUGCUCUUGCAAACACAGAUGCUCACAUCGCUCGCCAUAUACCACCAUAUGAUACUUCUGCAACGACACCUCGGGAGGCUUAUGUAUUGGAUAAAAUCAUCCUUUCACUAGAAUGGAAUCACCUUCAAGACAUUUAUUAUCUCUUGCCAAAGGGAGAAGAAGCAGACUUCAGUGGUUACCCAACUUUUAUUCGCAACAGGAUAGGCAAAGUAAAGAAGAUUGAGGACGAGUCUGAAAAGAAAAAGCUUUGUUGCAUACUUUCAUUCAUCAACUAUCUUGUCAAGUUCAAAGAUCAGCACACCAUGGAUGGUGUUUCCUCUUCAAAGAAUUACAAAAUUCCUCCCAUUCUGAACAAUAGAUUUUCGACCUUGUUUGAAGUUUCCGAAACAAGAAGGCUGCCACCUGAAAAGAUUAAUCUUCUCGUUUCUUACGUUUUGGUGCUCACACUUUUCACCGACGAAUUCCACACUGACUACAAAGACAUAGCAAAGGAUCUGAGGAUGACUAUCCCUCCGGUGAGACAACUCUUUGAGCAUUUGGGUUGCAAAUUUUUAAAGGAGAAAGGGAUUUUCCAUGCCACACUUCCUAUGCCUCUUACGUUUCCCCGGAUUAAUAGUAAGAGGAAGAAAAGAAAUUGAUCGCUUUUUGAGUCUGUUUUUGUUACUAUUGACUGUUGCAAAUCAAGCUGUUUUUCAGUCACUUAUUUGUAGUGAUGUCAAAUUUUGCAAUCCAAACACUAGGUGUUGUUGGAUAAUUUAGUUAUGUCUAUUAAAUUGUGUACGUUUGAACCAUGCUGUUAAUCAUAAUGUACUACUUAUAAUUUAUUUUAUAAA